CAUGGGGUAUGGUGACGUGUCAAAGCAUAAUUGCGAAGACUGCAGUGAAAUGAAUCGUAGGGGAUUGGAUCCGUUAACUCCCCUAUCCAGGUGUUGGUGCGAGUGAAGACAGCCUCACAUCACUUCAACUCCUCACCCAUGGCAGCUCUACUCUCCGUCUCCUCUGCUCCUUCGUCCAGAACACCUCUCUUUCUGCAUCACCCUUCUUCUCCAUUCAAGGGAAAUGUGAGAAAUCUCAAGGCAAACCCAUGUCAAUUUCUGACUAUCAAGCUCGAGGUAAAGGAAAAAGUGAGAAAAUCUGGAGUGGUUGUUGCGAGCCAAGGUUCUCCGUCUUCGGUUGUUGAUAAUGUUCGGUUUCGGCUGGAUAAUUUGGGGCCACAACCAGGGUCGAGGAAGAAAGCCAAGAGAAAGGGAAGGGGUAUAUCAGCGGGACAAGGGAACAGUUGUGGGUUUGGGAUGAGGGGUCAGAAAUCGAGGUCUGGUCCUGGGGUAAUGAAGGGCUUCGAGGGCGGCCAGAUGCCCCUUUACCGGCGAAUCCCCAAAUUGCGAGGAAUUGCGGGAGGUAUGCAUGCGGGUUUACCUAAAUAUGUCCCUGUGAACUUAAAAGACAUAGAAGCAGCUGGAUUUCAAGAAGGUGAAGAGGUAUCACUGGAUUCUUUGAAGAAGAAGGGUUUGAUCAACCCAUCAGGAAGAGAAAGGAGACUCCCUUUGAAGAUUCUAGGUGCUGGGGACCUAAGUGUGAAGCUAAAUAUAAAGGCCCGUGCCUUCUCAUCGUCAGCAAAGGAGAAGCUCGAGGCUGCUGGUUGUUCUAUCACAGUACUACCAGGCCGGAAGAAGUGGCUAAAGCCAUCAGUUAUUAAGAAUCUUGCACGUGCUGAAGAAUAUUUUGCCAAGAAAAGAGCUGCAGCAGAACAAGCUUCUUCUUGAGCAACCCCUGUCAGCCACACUGCUCUGUCCCUUUUCCCCCCCGCUUUUUCUUCUUAAUAUCUGAGAUAUGUAAAGUGCCAUACAAGACAUUCGAGGGUUUUAACCCUUCUAUUCUUUUUCCCUUUUCUCACUGUUUUUGGAUUCAAAUUUGAGUUGGCGUCUUCCAUUUGGCCUA